UUAUGUCUAAAAUACAAUUUGCUACAAAUCCAAUGAUCUUAGCAAAUCUCAGCAAUUCCCCCUAAAGCUAGGUUUAGUAUAUACUAUGAAUUCAGGUAUUCCUAUAGCGUGUAUACACUAUAUGCACUAAAAGGAACAGUUUUGUUAAUAAGCGGAAAGGCAUGGGUGGUUAGUUUCGCUUGGGGAGCUGUAGGCCACAUAUGAAAUAGGCCUAUGCAGUAGACAAUUUACCGCAUUGAUUUACAGAGAAGUGUACAUGCAUGAACAGACUCUGACCAAGUGAACGUGGAAGAGCUAAGCGUAUAAUUCAGCGCAUCCUGCGAAUAUCAUGUUCGGCCGCCCUUAUUCUCAGUCCGAGGUGCGCUUACUGUGCGGGGAGUCACGCGAGGAUUUCCAUUUACGGCGCUGCAGCGGCGCAGUAACUUUCACCCUCCGUAGGAAUUAGCCAGAGGUGUCUCGUGUCUCAUCCAUCUCGUUCCUUCAUCCUUUUUCCAAUGAAUGUCAUGCCACCGGAUUUCCCCCGUAAUUAUCUUUAUGCAACCAUAUUAUAAGGAGCAUUUAAUCAAAAGGACAUUCGAUUUGGCGGCAACAUUAAAAGAUGGGGAAAGUCCUCCACCGGCACCAUUCACUCCUGUCAGCCAUUUAUGGAUUCUGCCAAUCAGUGCCAUGGAUCUUUGGGAGCAGCAAUGGCAUCCUGCACUUCUCACACUGACCGGAUAGAUUUGUAGGAUGCGUUCUUUGCAUAAGACGGUGUUGCUAGUUCUGGUAGCUUCGGUGGUGCUGGUUUUGGCAGUGCUACACUCCUGGCCCACACGGGCCUACAGCACCGUUGAUGUCCGGCAGAGACCAGGGACUGGGGUAGAGAGGUUGCUGGCAGAGAGACUCCCAGAGCCGGACCCCAGUGCUGGCACCAUCCCCUACCAUGUGAGGGAGAGUGUAGCUGGGCUUCUUGCACAUAAUGGAUGUGUGUGCGAGGGAGAAAGGGCAGGUGUGAACUUGCCAUUUGCUCAACUGUUGUUCCCACGAGUGUCAGCACACCCCCUGCACACAGCUUUCCAGCCCUCGCAGUUAGAUGAGAUGAAGAGACGCCGUGCCAAAGAGUACCAGGGCUUCCAGAUGAGGUCACAGACCCCUGCAGAUUUGCUGAUUGUAACUGAAGCUAACAGCCCACUGCAAUACCCAACACAGGGUGUUGAAGUGCGGCCCCUUAAGACGAUCCUUAUACCAGGCUUGGCCUUAAAAGACCUACCCAGAGACAUUUACACUCUAAAUUUCUCAGCCUCCCUGGGCACAUUUAAUGUGGCAGCUGAGGUAGAGGGAGUAAAGGUCAGAGGUGAUGGUGAGAUGCACAUGACUUUAAGCAGCUGUGUCUUACCCAACCUGAACCGUCAGCUUCAGUUCAUCACUUACACUAACACACUGUUCCACCCCAGCACUGCAGACACAGUGCAGUUAGAAACAGAAGGCCAUCAGGCUCUUUUCACCAUCAAAAUCCGUCAUGGAGUGACUCCCAGACUCUACAACACGGGUGGAGAUGCAGAUAAAGAAUACAACAUCAGCACUCUUGUCACGAUAGCCACCAAAACCUUUCUGCGCUAUAACAAGCUACAGGAUCUAAUUGACAGCAUACGACGAUACUACCCAACGGUUACCAUAGUAAUAGCAGAUGACAGCGAAAAUCCAAAAAUGGUGUCUGGGCCAUACAUAGAACAUUACGUCAUGCCAUUUGGAAAGGGUUGGUUUGCAGGUCGUAAUCUGGCCGUAUCACAGGUCACCACUAAAUAUGUUUUGUGGGUGGAUGAUGACUUUAUCUUUACUGCCAACACCAAACUGGAGAAACUGGUGGAGGUCCUGGAGAAAACCACCCUUGACCUGGUCGGCGGUGCUGUGCGUGAAGCCACAGGCUACACUGCCACAUAUAGGCAGACCAUCUCCAUAGAAGCAGGAGAGGAAGAAGGUGACUGUUUGCACAUGAGACGUGGGUUCCAUCAUGCCAUCGACGGCUUCCCCAACUGCGUGGUCACCGACGGCGUCAUCAACUUCUUUCUGGCCCGGACGGACAAGGUGCAACAGGUGGGCUUCGACCCACGUCUAGCACGCGUUGCCCACAUGGAGUUUUUCAUCGAUGGGCUGGGUGCUCUACAUGUUGGCUCGUGUGAUGAUGUGAUCGUAAACCAUGCCACCAAGAUCAAACUUCCGUGGGGCCAGACAGAAAGCGACAAGACCUACGCCAAAUUCCGUUACCCUCCGGCAUCUUCUGACGCCACACAUACCAAAAAUGGCCUCCUUUACUUCAAAAACCGCUUCCAAUGUCUCACACGUAACUGAACACAUUCUCUCUCUGCCUCUUUUUGUCUUCCUCUUUUGAAAGACUUCUCUUUUCCCAAAGUAGCUAAAAAGAGUCUUUGAGGGAAGACUUUGAGGGUGUUAUGUGCGUGUACAGUCUGAAAUGUAGUCCUUUCCCUCAUUUUAUUGUGGGAAUGUUGAAACAUAGUGCCCCCUUUUGGAGGGGCCAUAAACAUCAUUAAUUGUGACUGACAGAGGAGAGAUGAGAGCUGAUUGGUUUGUGUUGUUGCUGUUGUUGUUGUUGUUUAUAACAAUACUUGAGAUCCUAUUUUUGAGUUCUGUUUUACUUAACUUUUUUUUUUUUGUUUAAAAUAAUUCUUUAGACACAGAUCAUUCCUUAUAUCAAUUGACUGAUUCAGGAUUUCUCUUCUGCCAGUCAUAGUUAAAGAUCAUUCUGUUAGAUGUUUUUAAGGGAAAUUUGGAUUUUGUCUCAUGAGAAUUAAUAUAACGAGAAAUAAAAAUAAAAACUUUAUUUGAUGAGGCACAAGCUAAGGAUGUAGAAGUCUGGGUGCUGGAGGAUAACGGAUGGAGAGAAUUUGUUUUUGUCUUGUUUUGUUUUUGUCUUGUUUUGUUUUAUAUGAAAAGAAGACACCCUCAAGCACAUUCCACUGACAGGCUGUUAUGCCAGCAUGCGCAGCUCCUAACUGGAGUGUGGAUACGCGUGUGAUGGUCCUCUCUCUGUACGUUUGCACUAAAACAAAUGGACUCGCUGGAGAGAUUAGACCCUGGGCUUACCAGAGAGAACAAAGAACUAGUGGAAACCUAACAAGCUGACAGUUUGCACCCAUCCCACCCCUCUAGUCUGUCCUUUCUCUCUCUCUCUCUUUCUCUCUCUCUUUCUUCCACCCUCCAAAAAGGAAAAAAACAAGCAAAAGAUUAAAUACACACACACACAAACACAUCACACAGAAGCAAAUGGAGGAUCUGUAGAAGGAAACUAACUCAACGUUUAUUGUUCAGCAUCACAUGGCCAAAACCAUAUUCACUGUUCUGGUUCCAAUCCUUUGUUUGUGUUUGUUUGUUUGUUUGUCCUCACAGAGUCUUUUUCAGAACACAGCUUUUUCUCACAAGAUUGAAGCAUGUAGGUCAGUUUCUAUGGAAACUAGACUCUGGGCUGCUCUCUGAUGUAAUAGUGUGAUGCCCUGCUUGUCCCAGGCCCGCCAUUAUGCAGAAUACAGAGUGUUUCACUGUAUCAAGUAACCUAUCAUCAUCACCAUUAUCGCAUUUGUUAGCAAAUAUACCUAAUGCAUAAAUGUUUAACCUUCUGCUCAUUACAUUAAAAACCCAUCUCUAGUUAUGCUCCAUCAACCAUGGUAAAAGUGGUUCUGUAUGAAUAUGAGCUCUAUUAAUUCCUUUUUGAGAAUGCAUGGACCAUGGUCUCAGGUGUAACAGAGUAGGAUAAUAUAUGUAAACAUAUCUGAAAAUCACUUUUUAACUGAAAGUCGCUCUGUUCUAUCUCCAUAACAAGAAUUUAUCCUUUCUAACCAAAACUAUUUUCCAAAUAUGAAGCCAUUGUCUUAUUUCCUCAUUUCAGCAUCGUGAGAACAAGACCAUGUAGAGCUGGAUGAGCUAAUGUCUGGUGGUUCCAAGCUGGAAUGAAUGUGUAUGCGUCUUUGUGAGAGGAGCAGGGGUCUGUGGGGGUGUUUCCAUGGAUGCUCAUUUUAAACUGCAUGCUCAUUUACACUGGAAUGUCCCCUGUGGUAUCUGCUGUCAGAUUGCUGAUUGCUUCUGGGUUAUUGUAAAUGGUAUAGUGAGGAGCAUCAUUUGCCCAUUAAGAUCUCAGAAAAUAAGAAACAGAUAUUACACUUAAUUUUGUGUGUGUGUCUGUGUCUGUGUGUUCUUCCUUUGUGCUUGUUUAAUAUCUUGGCUGAAGAUUGAGCUGCAUGUCUACAUGUGGGAGUUAUCAGAGGGGGAAAUUGAUGAUUUGCACAAGUUGGUAAGUUGAAAAUCACAUGGUUUGGUUUCAAAUAAGUAAUUUUAUUAUUUGAGGCUGUAGUGAACUUGUAUAGUACUUUUUCCACCAAAUGACUCUCUCUGUCUAAAAACAAUCCAAACUGGGGAAAAAAAUUUGUUUGGUAGACCAAACCUGAAACGUGUCAACGUGUCAUUUGUUUGAUAUACUAAACCUGAAACAUGUUCGAUAUAAACUUGCCAUGUAAAACCAAGCCCUGCCACAUGCAGAUAAGUGGUUUCCAUGUGAACGCUGCCAUGUACUGCUCCUCCUGCGGAAAUCUCUGUGUGGACCCGAAGUCGAAGGAAGAGAAGAUAAACAAUGCUGUGAUUUUAGGAUACCAUGGUGACUUCAGCAGCAGAGAUGGCCUUGAAUUGUGAAGGACCUCAAAUGGUUUUACCUUGGCAAAAAAUGAGGGGCGGAGGUCUGUCUGGAAGCUGAUAUUUGAUGUUCUAUGUUGUGUUUUGUUUGAAUUCCACAUCACUGCGUUGUCUCUGCCCAUUGCACUUUUUGAUGUCGCACUGACUUCACAACUGGCUUUGUCACUGUGUCUGCAUGGAACACAAAGAUUUUUUAAUUCUGUUGCUAAUUUGUAUUUCCACCAGUAGGUGGCAGCCUGAUGUCCAUAAACAGAAAUUAGCAUUGCUUAUUACACACUCUAAAGGAAAUGUAGUACACAAACUCCCCAAAACAUCUAGAAGGGUAAAAAAAAAUGUAACUUUGCCCUUUUUUUUGUAAAUGUAUGAGAGUAUCUGGAACUGUGGAAUGGAAUGAGAUAAAGUUUUGAAAAUAA